GUAGGUCCAUCUGCCCCCACCCUCAGAACCCCCCCACCCUACACCUUUGCUACAGAGGAACCUUCUGCUCCACAUCUGCAGCCCAGGGGCCCAUAUUCUCCCACAUCCGGCCCUGCUGAUAAUAACAGUCAUUAAACCCACAUGAAUCUGAGCCCUCAUUGAUUGGGAGGUUAGUCUGGUGUGUUUCUACAGUGGGAACAUCUAGUAAUGUGGAUCUAAGUGAGAGGAACCUCCAGAGAUGCAGAUGAACAUCAGACCUACCGAGCCUCUGCAGCCUGACCUGCGGCUUCAGGCACACAGCUAGCAGCUUGCUCUGGGCGGCCAGCUCCUCCUCCAGGCGGAUGAUGGUUUUCUCCACCUCGGAGAAGAUCUCCUCCGCAGCAGCAUCCAGUCUCUGCCUGAUAAAGUCUCUGAGAGGAAGAACUGAACCCAUUCCUGCAGCUGCUGAUCCAAACUGGCCUGAGAUCCGACCGGACGGUCCACAAAGCAAGCUAGCUGCUAACAACUGCUCAGCGCUACUUCCGGGUGACCUUAGGGCGAACGGAUGCGUCAGCGCUGCCGCCAUCUUGACGACGAAGCAGACCAGCCGGAAGAACCGUCUUUAUCUGAGGCAUCAGACAAAAGAUACCGGGAGCCUACUCCUUCCAAGACGCCCAGGACUCUGAAGAAGUUAUGCCCCAAUCCGUCAACUCCAACCGGCACCAAAACGCAAAGAACCAUUACAGAGGUUGUCACCCAUUUCCCAUCACAGAUGGUUGCCAAAGUAUGUCCUCCAGAAGAUGCCUCAAUAGUGAACAGCAUCACUAAGAAAAAAUGGGCAACAGCUGCAAAGUUAAUGUUGAAGCAUAAACACCUAGUUGAGGAAAUAAAGGUGCACAUCCUGGAGCUAAUAAGCAACGAAUGCAAACAUGUCUGUAAUCCAAACAAUGGUUUCAUCCUUUGGAAGUCAUCUCCGGAUGAUCUGAAAGCCUUUUCAUUUACAAAUUUAGAGGCAGACCUAAAACGUUUUUCACCAUUCCUCUUCUCAAUUCUCACAACUGUCACCAACCACUCUAAAACGGCAACUUGUGCAGCAGCAUCCAUUGCUUUGAGAGGAAGAGAAGCACGCCUGUCAGCCUUUGCAUACUACCUAGGUAGUAUUCUACAUUAUGGUGGUGCGAAAAAAGCAGUGUUUGAAAGACUGAGCAAAAUGGCCAUAACAACAACUCACCAAAAUUCUGUAGAGAAGCAGAAGGAGUUGGCACUCCUAUGUAGUGGGUCUCUAAAAAUGUUAAAGGUCCAGAAUGAAGUUUUCCUAAACUCUGAAGCGGAAGGAAACAUUGAUGUUGGUCAGAGAGUGGACACCAGCGAAGACCAAAGCACAAGUGAUCAAAAGGAGCCACUUAACAUGGAAGAGCUUCACUUGACAGAUGACAUGGCUACGCUACCUUUCUACAGUUUAAGUGACUCUGAAGCAGCAGAGCUGGGCUUGAGCUCCUCGGCUUCUCCGAUCACCCACCCCACUCCUCCACCAACAUAUUCCAUAAUAUUUGACAAUUUGGACUUUUCAUGCGCGCACAUCAUCAGUCCACCCACCACAGCAAUAAAUCUAUACACUGGAUUCAUCAUAUUGCAGUCCAAGAUAGAAUCUCAACAUAUCACCUCAGCAAUGACAGACCGGACUGUGACAUCCUUCAGUACGACCUCUGCAACUCACUCCCCGGACCAGAAAUCCAAGACUAUAUGCUACGUGAGUUAAUUGUUCUUGGAAGCCGCAUCCUUACCGAGUACCUGGCUGUUUUUAAACCCUUCAAGACAUUAGUAGUUCACCACAUGCCACAUCAAUAUACAGAGGACAUGGCUAAGUGCUCCACUGAUAACCCUCUGGUACUGCUCUUCAAGGACGAAAACAAAACAUCAGAUUUGGUGGACACACUUCGCCACCUUCAGAAAGAGUAUGUGCCAAAGGGACCCGACGGAUUGUCAAAUGUAUUAGUCGGAGGUGACCCGCUGACCGAGGGGAACUGCAGAAACAUACAGUGGGCCUUCUCAGAUGGUGCUACAAAGGAAGACCGACUGGAAGGUGUCAUCUUUAAGUUUGAGGACUGGCAUGCCAUCAGAAACCUCUUUGAAAUCUAUCAUUGGAUUUUCUAUGAUGGUGCAUCCUCAAAAGACCAUGGCACACUCCUUGCCAACAUGACGAAGUUGAGUUCUUUCACAGAAAUCCAGUCUGGGUAUUUCAUGAAUUGGGUUGUUAUGGGAUGGGGAAUACAGUACUGCUAUCAUGAAAUCAGCAGUGCUGUUCUCCUUAUGGUGCAGCAAUGCUAAACAAGGUCCUCAUGCAGCUUACAAUGCCUAUAAGGAAUUUGUGCAUAAGGACACCACUGCACUCUUCCUAGCUGCUGCAAUGGAACCCUUUGGGUUGCAGGAUGUGACAGAAAUUCCUGAUGGGUUUGUCCCGCUGGAUGUUAACAACGGAUUGCCGCAAUGGAAGAGGAGCUGGCUGCAUGAGAAGGUUGGGCAGGUGGUGGACACCUUUGUCAUGAUGACGGGCGUGACAUAAGCUGCAACUCAAAGGCAGGCUACGACACAGCAGAGGCAGCAGUUUCCGUGUCGUGCAGACGGGUGUGGCAAUAUGUAUGUAUACGCCAAGGAAAGGGAAACACAUGAGAAGAAGAAGCAUGGUCUUGAGUCUCCAUCAGACUCUUCUUCAGAAACUGUGAUUCCGACAAAACAAGACCACCAAGAACAUCACGCAGAAGUCAGACUUGGUUUUGGGUUCUUCCUGCUAGACAUGCAGGAUGCAGUGAGGGAAGGGGAUGGUAAAAGGCUGAUGAGACUGUACAAAGUUGCCCUGCUUUUCUACAAAGCUCAUAGGCACAGCCAGUAUGCCUAUAGCACCUUCCUUCUGACACUGCAGAUAAAUCUCACUCUGUCCUCUUGCAUGGCACACAGUGUGACAUGGAACAGAUUUUGGAAUGGCAGAGGGAGAAAGGGGAAAAAUAUUCCACUUGACCUCCACCUGGAACAUCUAAACAAUUUCCUCAAAUUAUUUAUGAGAGGCUUGGGACCAAACAUGUCAGAAAUGUCAUCAGCCAGAAUCAGUAAGUCCAUUGGCAUUGUCAAGGAGCUAAUGGACAAAACUGACACAGAGCUCGAGCUGACAAGGCAGACUGGCAUUCAUCAUGUGGCCCGAGAACAGGAGGACGUUUUAACACUGGUGAAUGUUUUCAGGGAGACACAAUUAUUCAAAAAUUACCCAGGCAGGCAAUAUCACGCAUUCCCAAAUUUUCAGAGAAACUUAUUGGCAAAGCUAAAUUACCAGGAGUUAUGGAGGUGGAUGAAGUCCAAAAUAAUGGACUGGCGAAAUGUGCUUAUUUAAAUAGCAAAGUAAAUGUGAAAUGUAAAAUGGUGAUGGUAAUUUGUAAAUAGUAUUUUCAUAUACGACAAUGUAAAUAAUUUAUUUUUAAUAUAAUACUUUAUAAUAGUAGCAUCCACAUUCUUGAAACCUUUAUUUUUGUGUGUUUUCUUAUUGGUUGUAUGUUCAAAGUUCAGAGUAUAUGUUCAAACAUUACCUAUUAAGUGUAGAUAUUAAAAAUCUUUAUUGACAUGUCUUAUUGUUUGUCUAUUAAAUACAGAAAAAUCACCAAUCAGUAGAGAAGUAUAAACAAUUUAAAUUUU